AUGAAACAAAUUGUAUGCCAAUUUCCUUCUAUACAAUUUCAUGAAGAAAUCUAUAAUGAAUUGGUUAAAAAUUCCAAUACAGUGAUGCAAUCCAAGCAACCAGAAGCCUCACAUACUGUAGUCAUCCAAGUACCGACAAUCAAUGAUUUGAAUAUUAAGUCAUGUGAUAUAUCUCCCAGAUCAAACAAUUUGAUUAAUACCCAAGAAGUUUGA